CCGUUCCUUCUCAUGCGCACUUCCUCCCCAUUUCCUGCUGCUAUUCCCCCCCCCACGGCACGAGCUGCCAAUCAUCUCGGCCAGUGACGUCACCAGGGAAAUUUGCUACAAUGUCAAACAUCGUCGCGUGCACUCGCGUCCCGUCUAGGCGCCGAACUCCAGCUGCCGUUUCGGUCCAGUUGCGCGUCCCGCACGCGUUCCGGGAGCAGGUGAACGGCGCUCAGACACCAUGACCCGUUACUCCGAGGGAUACGGAACCGAGGAGGAGUGCGCGCCGUCCGACCCUCAGGGGGAAAGCGACGCCGACGCCGACAUCGAGGACGCCGACUGCAGACUCCAAGAGCCCGGCUCCCUCCAGCGAAUCAGCUCGCGGCGCCGCAAACGCCAGCGCCUGGCGCGGCAGGACACCACCGAGAGCGAAGACGACGGCGGCCUCGCUCGCGCCGCCCAUCGCUGGAACUUGCGGCUCGGUCCCGACAGGACGCGCAGCCGCACCAUUCUGGAAGAGAGCAUCUCGCAGGUGAGGCCGCUGGUCAUCUCCACGUGCGGCGCCGGCAAGCGGGCGCAAGCCGCCCCGCCGCCUCGCACGCCCGCCUGGGCCUCGUCCCUCGCCCCCCCGCUGGUCGUCCUCUUGCUCGCCCUCGCCGCUGCCAUCGCGUCCUUCCUGCUCCCGUGGGUCAGAACCUGACGGCAUCAAGGGCAAGCGCUUUAUUUCUGCCGGUGUCAAACAUAAGAACGGCCGCUUGUCUCGGGUGACAAUUUUUUUUGUCCGAAGCGAUCCGACCCCGACUUCAAAAUAGACACGCACUCCCAACGACGACGACUAUGCAAGUCCUGGACUCCUCCCGUGCUGGUCGCUGAAGAAUGCCCCCGACGUCCUCGUCACCGUCUUCAGCGAGUGCGACCGGACCCGCUUUCAGCGAGACGGCGGCAAACGUGCGCCAUCAUUUUAGAACUUCGUGGACUGUACCUCCAAUUUAUACGAAUUGUUGUUCAAAAGUAAAAU